AUGAUUACCUCCACCGAACGGGCUCUUUCGUCUCUUCUGAAACAACUUCCUCCGCCACCGGCCGAUGAGAGUACGCUAGAACAUCUUGUUCGUAAAACGCUAGAAGAACUACCAUCCAGGAGUACUCCUGACAUUCGAAAGAGCCAAUGGGAGUACGCGUUGAAGAAUGAGAUAUUCGCUUUGGCUGCCAAUGAAGGAGCGGCGUUAAACGAUCCGGAAACGAAUUACUACCGCCAAUUGAUGGUCAGGUUGGAUCUGGUCCUCACGUUCACAGAGCAUGAUGCCUGUGAACCAUCAUUCCCUCUUACAACUCUUCAAGACUUGUUGGAAACCCAGACCAUCACGUCAUGUUCACACAUCUUCUCGUGGAUCGAAUCUCGCGCUGCCCGGCUCACCCAGGGCAUGGUGCCCCAAAAGGGAAAAGCCCUGGUCCUUCUUCGCACUCUCAAUGAUCUUCUCCGUCGACUAUCGAAGAUGGGGUCGAAUACCAUCUUUUGUGGUCGAAUCUUGACGUUCUUGAGCGGCGUGUUCCCACUUGGAGAGAGGAGUGGUGUCAACUUGCGUGGAGAGUAUGGGCCAAUAUGGGAAGGUGCUCAGCUGAAAGCGAAGGAUGAGAAGAAAGAGCAGACCGAAGCUUCUUCAGACGUCGAUGAGAAGGCAGAGCUAGACGCAAUGCAAGUCGACGAGCUCAAGCCCGACUCCCAGAAGGCUCCUCCAUCUCCUUCGAAGCUUGCGGAAAAGAAGAGUGAGAAGAGAGAAGUAUUCUACAACACAUUCUGGUCUCUCCAGCUCCCCUUCUCGCGGCCUCCUCUUUUUUCCGCCCCCGAGACUUUCGCAGACUUCAAAGAAGCAGUCAUCAAAGUCAUGCCCAUCAUCAAAGAGGCAAGUGCCAAAGAAAGGACACUCAUGGGCAACCGUUCACAUGGUUCAGCCGGUGCUGCUCCCCUCAAGCGGAAACGCGAAGCUGAUGCUGGCGAAGAGCCCACUAGUAACGACUAUUUCUUUGCGAAAUUCUUGACCAGUCCUGAACUGCUUGACCUUGAGGUCGCAGACACCCAUUUCCGCCGCCAAUUCCUCUUUCAGCUGUUGAUUCUUCUUACUCAUCUCCUCACAUUUACAAAGUCCGCCAAACUGUCUUGGCAAACACCUCGGAACCGCUCUCUCCAAAUCGAGUUCACGCUCGAACCAUCCGAUGCACAAUGGGUUCAAGAGACCAUCACAAAAACUCUUGACGAGCUCAAGCAGACGACACCAGGUGGUAGGGCAUUUGCGGAUAGUGUGCACAUAAUCUUAGAGCGGGAGAAGAAUUGGGUUCGCUGGAAGAACGAGAUGUGUACUCCAUUUGAUCGCGAACCUUAUUCUCAAGAGGUCGAUGGGAUGAAGGUUGGGUUGGAGGAGGCCACCAGAGAGGCGAGGAUUAAAAUGAGAGUCGAACCUCCAGAAUGGGAGCACGUCCUUGGGUCUGCACCUUUGACCGAGAUCUGGGAGAUGGGAUAUAGGGACUUGUCGGACCUUCAACGACCAUUCCAACCAGGAGAUGUGAGGGACUUCGUGAAGAAAGUCAAAUUGGAAGAUAACCGCAUAGAAAUGCGCAAGAAAACGCUUGCACGACAAGCAGAGCGCAUUGCCCAGGCACGCGCCAAAGCAACCGCAGCGGCGGCGAAUCCUGUCUCUGAGGCUAAGGAAGCUGCCGUCCCUACAACGCCAGCGGCUGUGGAUGCUGCUCGGACCGCUACUUCAACUGGUGAUCAAAAUCUUCUUAUGCACCCUUCCCUUCCGGCGAAACCUGUAACGUCGCCGAAAUCGGCGGGGGCGCCCGGUACGGCCCCCGUAUCGUCCCCAACGCCUGUACAAGCGCCAUUACCACCGCCUGUAAUACCCACGCCGACGCCUGCUCCAGCAGUCACUGCGCCGUCUGCUCCUAGCGUUCCAAUGCCUGCAGUGACGCCCACCCCUGCACCAAUUCAACCGGCAUUGCCUCCGGAUGAUCAAAUUAUCAAACUCGAAGAGAACAAACACCGUUGGUCAUGGCUCGCUCUGCGCACUGCUCGUGACCGAUACCUGGCGCAUUUUGGGAAGAUCGGAACGGGUGACAUCAUCCUCCUUGCACAGGAGAUUGAGAAAGAGGAAAAGGCAGAGAAGGAGCGGAUUGCGCGGGGUCCAAAUGGAGACGGCUCAGGAAGUUUGGCGCCCAGCAUGACUGGGGCUGGGGAGGAGAGAGCUGCGAGUGUGAAUGAUACGGACGGAGAUGCCCCCACGGGAAACGCGGAUGGAUACAUGAAAAUGGAGACGACAUGA